ACCCGCACCCUCGGCAGUGAAAGUGCGGAAUCCUAACCAGUGGACCGCCAGGGAAUUCCCUAAAAUUAGUCAUUUUAAAGUGAACAGUGGCACUUUGUACACCCACAGUGUUGUGCAGCUACCACCUCUAUCUAAAAACACUUUCAUUGUCCCCAAAAGGAAACCUGUACCCAUUAAGGAUACAAGUUAAUGUAUCCUCCCCAUUCCUUACCUCCCAGCCCCUGGCAACCCCCAAUCUGCAUUCUGUCCCUAUGGAUUUACCUAUUCUGCUGUUUUAUAUAAAUGGAAUUAUACAAUGUGUGACCUUUUGUCUUGCUUCCUUCACUUAACAUAAUUUUUUCAAGGUUCAUCCGCGUUGUAGCAUCACACCUCCACUCCUUUUCGCGGCUGAAUCAUAUUCCACUGUGUGGACCAACCUUAGCUGGAUUUAAAGGAUGAGUUAGGCAGGCAGGGAGGGGCCUGGGGAGGGUGCUGCAGGUAGAGGCUGAGCAUGAGCUAGAAGGAACCCGGGAUGCUGGUGAGCCACAUGCUGCUGGUGUUAUUGGAUCUUGAAGUAUUAACUGGGGUUUUGGCCUCAGUUUCCCUGCCUAUAAAAUGAAGUCCUUUGUGGUUGGCUGGGGAUGGAGGCAUUAGGGAGAGGAGAGGCUGGGAUAUUUUAUUGCCUCUUCUCAGAGUCUGGGUCGCAGAUGGGACUUUUUAAAACUUGCUCUUUCUUCCUCUUUCCUGGGCAGCUCCCUCCAGUAUGCAUCUGCCCUCAUCCCUGUGGGUACCCGUCUUCCUGUUUUACUGGGCAUUGACUUCCCCUCUCUCUGAAUUGACCUGAAAUUUCUCUCACGCUCUCCAGGACGGCCGCUUGAUUUUCUCUGAGACCAGCCCACCCGUCCAGCAAAAUAGAGUCCCUCAGGGUGACGGUUGAUUUUCUAAAGGUGCCCCUUGGCCUGAAGAAGUCGGUGCUAAAGGAGGUGGCAGUGGGGCCCCCCAAAAGGCCCCAGCCUGUGGCCCUGGAGCGCUACAAGGCGCGGCGUUCAGACGCCAUGGACACCGAGUCCCAGUACUCAGGGUAUUCCUACAAGUCGGGCCACUCCCGCAGCUCCCGCAAGCACAGGGACCGUCGGGACCGACACCGCUCUAAGAGCCGAGACGGGAGCCGUGGGGACAAGUCGGUGACGAUCCAGGCUCCAGGGGAGCCCCUGCUGGACAAUGAGUCCACGAGAGGGGAUGAGCGGGACGACAACUGGGGGGAGACGACCACAGUAGUAACGGGCACCUCGGAGCACAGCAUCUCCCAUGAUGACCUCACGCGCAUCGCCAAGGACAUGGAGGACAGCGUCCCGCUGGACUGCUCCCGGCACCUGGGCGUGGCGGCGGGGGCCACGCUGGCCCUGCUGUCUUUCCUCACGCCGCUGGCUUUCCUGCUGCUGCCCCCACUGCUGUGGCGGGAGGAGCUGGAGCCGUGCGGGACGGCCUGCGAGGGCCUCUUCAUCUCCGUGGCCUUCAAGCUGCUCAUCCUGCUGUUGGGCAGCUGGGCCCUGUUCUUCCGCCGGCCCAAGGCCUCUCUGCCCCGUGUCUUCGUGCUGCGUGCCCUGCUCAUGGUACUCGUCUUCCUGCUUGUCGUCUCCUACUGGCUCUUCUACGGCGUGCGCAUCCUGGACGCCCGCGAGCGCAGCUACCAGGGCGUGGUGCAGUUUGCCGUGUCGCUGGUAGAUGCCCUGCUCUUCGUGCACUACCUGGCCGUGGUCCUCCUGGAGCUGCGCCAGCUCCAGCCUCAGUUCACGCUCAAGGUCGUGCGCUCCACCGACGGGGCCAGCCGCUUCUACAACGUGGGCCAUCUCAGCAUCCAGCGCGUGGCAGUGUGGAUCCUGGAGAAGUAUUACCAUGACUUCCCUGUCUACAACCCUGCCCUCCUCAACCUGCCCAAGUCCGUCCUGGCCAAGAAAGUGUCUGGCUUCAAGGUGUAUUCCCUCGGAGAGGAAAACAGCACCAACAACUCCACGGGCCAGUCCCGGGCUGUGAUUGCAGCAGCGGCCCGGAGGCGGGACAACAGCCACAACGAGUACUACUACGAGGAGGCCGAGCAUGAGCGGAGGGUGCGCAAGAGGAGGGCCAGGCUUGUGGUGGCCGUGGAGGAGGCCUUCACUCACAUUAAGCGGCUGCAGGAAGAGGAGCAGAAGAACCCCAGGGAGGUGAUGGACCCACGGGAGGCAGCCCAGGCCAUCUUCGCAUCUAUGGCCCGUGCCAUGCAGAAGUACCUUCGCACCACCAAGCAGCAGCCUUACCACACCAUGGAGAGCAUCCUGCAGCACCUUGAGUUCUGCAUCACUCACGACAUGACACCCAAGGCCUUCCUGGAGCGGUACCUGGCGGCUGGACCCACCAUCCAGUACCACAAGGAACGCUGGCUGGCCAAACAGUGGACACUGGUGAGCGAGGAGCCGGUGACCAACGGGCUCAAGGAUGGCAUCGUUUUCCUCUUGAAACGCCAGGACUUCAGCCUGGUGGUCAGCACCAAGAAGGUCCCAUUCUUCAAACUCUCCGAGGAAUUUGUGGACCCCAAGUCGCACAAGUUUGUCAUGAGGCUGCAGUCUGAGACCUCGGUGUGACUGUGCAACAGCAGGGGGAGUGGGAGACGCGGGGGGCUCCUGAGGGUGGUGGGGGCGUGGCCCUCAGGCCCUGCCAUGUUCCUGCCACCUUCUUCCUCUUGCUCUAGUUUUUUUUUUCUACUUGAAUUAACCACCCCCCCACCUGUCUCCUCCCCUCUUCCUUAUUUACCCUAUGUGAACCUGGAGAGACCAUCCUUCUGUCAACAGUACCUGGGAAAUUCCCUCUCCUUCUCCCACCCCCCUCACUUUUGUAUCACUCCCGGCCCUGCAGGAACCAGUGCCUCUCUCCCUCUCCUUUCUCUGGGUGACAGUCUCUUCUGAAAGGGCACAGGGCCCACCUGAGCCCCACUCUCGAACCCAGGUUCUUAUAAGCAGUUCUAUCCAGCGGCCCCCAAAAGGGUUUCUCUGGGGGGCUCCGAUCUGACUCCAGAGAGCCACGGUGCCAAACUCCUGAGCAGCACUACCUGCGGCCUUCUGGCGGCAGGUGGAUCUGCUCCCCCUGCCCGCUCACCCCAAGCCGGAGUUCUUGGGCAAGGAUCCUCCUGCAUCCUCCUACACAGCCCCAGAGUCCGGGGCCUCCCUGCCAGGGUUAUUUGCUUCCAGCUGUUUGAGCCUCUCUCCCCCAUCCACACAUACUCAGAGCAAGGGAAGAUCCCAUCCUUUACCCUGACAUGUCUACCUUCCAUUUCUGAUUUGUGUGGUCACGUGUGACCACAGGCAAACUGAGAUGGAAACCCUCUGUGACCACUUUUCCUGGGCCCUGGGGGACAGACAGUACCUUUCUUCCAAGGGGUCUUUCCUGCGCAGCCCCUGGGGGAAGGUUGGGAGAGAGCCCCGUGAACAUCGCUGACCCCUACCCUCUGAAGUUCCUUCACCUGUGUUCCCACCGUGGUGGGAUGGGUCUCCCCCUUCCCAGUGAAGGAUGCCACGUAGACUCCUAUACAGAAUUAGUGGCUUGCAGACCCUGACCCACCCUGGGGAUCUCAGCCAAAUGUUUUUCUUUCCUUCACCAGCCAUCCCCAAUCUUGCUGUCUCUUCUCUCAGCUCCAGAGACCUGUUGCCUCAUCUCUUUUUUGGGGGGAGCCAGCAGCCCCUCCUUAUCCCCUGCCUUAAGUCCACUUCUUUGCCUCAGGGGUCUCUUUUCCUUGGCCGGCCAGGGUCCCCCCCUGUUCCCUCACUGCCUGGUUUUCUGGGCUCUGGUCUCCUCUGUAUUGGGGUGAGGGACCAAGAUUGCUGCCCUUGAUGGGUACUUAGCCCCUCACCCCAUUUAGCUUCCGUAGUCUUUGCACCCAAUCUGAAUUCUUGAGCAAAAUUUGCUGGCCUUCUAAUACUUACUUUCACUGUAAAUCUGAGCCUUUAGAUCAGACACCCUUAAAUUAUGUAGUUUUAGCCAAGGGGAGCAGAACUAAGAAGUACUCACAUACCUCCAGCCAGCACCCAUGUUGGGGAGCAUUCUGGUGGCUGGGCUGGAGCAGUCCCCUGGGCCAGUCCUCAGAAUAACUCACAAUGCCCCCUUAGAAGCCCGUCUUUCCCCUGGAAAACCCAUUGGUUCUUGCCUUGCAGAGUGCACCCUGGGAUAAGAUCCCAGUUGAUCUCUUACCAGGGAGUCUUCUUCUCUGUGUCGUGGCAGCCCCGGGCAUGAUGGAGCCUGGGGAUUGUUUCUCCUGCUGUCCUUUCUGAAAAAGCACAUCUUUCCACACACCACUUACUAGAGAAGGGUUCUUCGGCCAGUGCUUACCUUGUCUGCACUUGGGUGGAUUAUGGGGCUGACCUAGGCAGCGCCUGGAGGUCAGCCUUGGGCUGGGGCUGUGGGUUUGGGGAUAAGCCUGAGUGAGAUACAUCCUGUCCUGGGGGUCCUGGGAAGGUAUUUUUUCCUUCUCUUCAAAGACCUGGUUUCAGAGGAGUCCCUUCUCGCUCACAUUUCUAAAUACCUCACUAUCCUGGAAAAUGGGGCCUGGAUGGUGGUUGGGGUCACUGCCUUUGUGGGCAGGAGUGGGAUGUGGUGUGGUUUGAGGAGGAGUUGGGGUGGGGAGAGGGCAAGUAUUUGGGAUCAGAGUCGCUGCCCUAGGUUAGGGGCGGGGGAAUGUUUAUUUUAAGAACCUGCCAUGUUUUUAAUCACUGUGAUUUUUUUCAUUCCCUUUUCCUAAAACAAAAAGACAUUUUUUUCCCCCGACUCUCUCUCUAAGCACUAAGGGCUGUGACUGAGAAUGGUAGUGUUUUGGUCCUUUGCGUCAGAACUGUGGUAUCUUUGUGUUCUUUGAUUAUUGUUAUUAUUAUUUUUUGAAAUGUCAGGAUGAAUUGUCAAGUGUAUGGCUGUGUUUGUCUUUUGCUUCUCCUAUAUGGGAAGUUGUCUUCAUGCUGUGAACUGCUGUGGGGUGUGCAGCUGACUCAGUCCCUCUGAGCAGUGUCCCCCACUUUGCCUGUCCCAACACAUGCUGGAUUUGCUCUUUCUUCCCCCGUGGGGGUGUUGCCCACCCAUUACCACCCGUGCCCCAUAUGCCACCAUCAGGGAUGCUGUGGCUGGGUCUCUCCAGUGCUCUUUUCUAUGACUACAUGGCAUCCUAGCUCAUCCCCACCACACCUCCCAGACCUUCCUUUUCACCACCUUGGAAGGCUGGUCCUCCUUCCCUCCACACCAGGAUGCUGUGCCUCAGUCCUUCACCUACCUCGCCACUCUGCCGCCGUCCCCAUUUGUCCCUUUCUCUUAAACUACUCUUCAUGCUCUCUCUAUUCUUGUUUAUUUCCCGUUAGCUUCUCCUUUUGUCUUCCCACCCCCCUCCAUGUCAGCCCUUACCUUUUCACUUCCCCAUUCCCACCUCAGUCCUGUUGCAAACCCUGACACAAUAACUGUCACGAGACAUUGGGAUCCUUUCUCAUCUGAAACGUUUGUUUCCCAGAGUUUGUGCUUCUCUUCUUCUCUGUUGGGCCCGGAUGAGCUCCCUUGCCCCUCUGUGGUGCCUGUCAGUCUGUCUUCUUUUUCCUCUGCCCUCCCCAUGGGGCAGCAUCUGCUGAUGGAUUCGGUCCUGGUGUGUGAUUGUUGUGAUUUGUUCUUCUGUGUGUGAAAGGAAGAGGAAUUUUUGAGUUCCUUCCAAGUGAGAUUGUAUAUGUAGAAUUUUCCACUGUUGGAUCUAGAUUUUUUUUUUCCUUUUUUUUGGGUUACAGAGCUGAGACCUUGUGCAUGCAUGUAGAAAAUUGUAAAAUGUAAAUUCUUUUUUUUAAUAUAUAAAAAGCUUGUUUUUACAGUUUGCAGUGGAUCUAAACAUUAUGACAAUUUUAGGGAUUUUUUUUCUUAAACAUAGGAACUAAAACUGUACAAAUUUUUUAAUAUAAAAUAAAGACAUUUGACUUUUG